UCCGUUAUCAGCACUCCAUGUCUUAGGUAGAAACGUUUAUCGUUGGCCGAAUGGGUAUCAGAAGAACCUGGUCGACAUCUAAUCGAUUGAAUUCCACGAUUGAUUUGUACGGAGCUUCAGCGUGUUUGCAUUGUACAGGCUUUAUAAGACAUUGGAGUGUUACGAUUCCUAACGCACCAGUCGUUACAUGCGCCUGUACCGGUUACGUACGCAUCGUGAAAGCAUUCCUCCAGAGCAGACGUCCCUGAGGUAGUUACGGGAUUUCAGUGAGUGUGUGAGUGCAGCAAACUAACAAUGUCUCACAACCAUGGUGGACCGGACGACAUGGAGAUGGCUUGUCCAAUGCAGAUGUCGUUCCAUGGUGGAAGCUGCGAAGUGAUCCUGUUCCCCAGCUGGGCUACAACCGAGGCCGGUGCAUUCGUUGGCGCCACCAUCGGGUUCUUUCUGCUAGCGUUCGCCUACGAGGGUCUCAAAUACGGCCGCGAGCUGCUCCACUUCUCCGAUGCAGCGAAACGGGGCACCGAAGUCAACGAUAAGCGUACGCUCCGGCAGGCGCUGUUCAGCCGUGUGCAUAUCGUGCAGACGUUGCUGCAUUUGCUACAGGUAAGCGUCUCCUACAUCCUGAUGCUGAUCGUAAUGACGUACAACUGUUGGCUCUGUCUUGCGGUGGUACUGGGCGCCAUGUGCGGCUACUACGUUUUUGGCUGGGUCCGGAACAGCUCCGUCGAUCCAACCGAGCAUUGUAACUGAGCGAUGGACGUGUUGCAGCUGUACCAAACUGCAAUCAAUCGAACACAAAUCUGAUGAGACCUCCACUUAUGAAUAGUAUGUAAAAUAAAACUUAAGUGUGCAUACUUUA